AAGGCCGGGCGCCGCGGGACUCCUUUAAACCCUCGCGGUCACUCGGGGCAGAGGCAGCUCCCGCCAUCCCACGCCUUCACCACGCCGCCAAGAGCCGCUGCCACACCCGGACAGGGCUCUCCGCUCUGCCCCUCGCGCUGUCCCUCCCUCCUCCAGCGUCCCCGCGCUCCGAGGGGGCACAGAACCCGCUCCGGGCUGCUGCCCCGCACCCCGCGGCCAUGGCUGCGGCGUUGGGCCGGGCGCUGCCCUGGCUGCUGGCGGCCGUGGCGCUGCUGGCGGCGCUCAGCGCGGCCGGCACGCUUUUCCUUCUGGCUCAGUGGAAGGAGCUGGGAGACGCUCUGAGGGAGCUGGAGGCGGCUCGUCCCGGGCUGCUCUCCCCGCAGGACCCUCCAGGCGCUCCCCGCAGCAAGCGGAGCCGCCGCGGCCACGUGCGCGCGGAAAGCGAGGAGAUGCUGAUGAUGCUCACCUACUCCAUGGUGCCGGUCCGAGUGAUGGUGGAUUUAUGUAAUAGCACAAAAGGGAUAUGCUUAACAGGCCCCCCAGGCCCCCCAGGACCUCCUGGACUUGAUGGAAUCCCUGGCUACAAUGGAUCAGAUGGAGUCCCAGGUAUACCAGGACAAAAGGGAGAACCAGGAGUAAAUGGAAAAAGAGGAAAAAUAGGUUUGCCAGGACCAAAAGGUGAUCAAGGGCAGAAAGGAGAACCUGGAGUAAUGGGUUUACCUGGCAAGGAUGGUAUGCCAGGAGGAAAGGGCACAAGAGGACCAAAGGGUGAAAAGGGGGAUGCGAACAGUGAUGUGAUAUUAGAAGGUGCAAAAGGUGAACCUGGACUGCCAGGCCCCCCCGGACCACCUGGCCCCCCAGGGCCUCCAGGGAAACGUAAGGGUAAAGGUAAAGCACAGCUUCAGGAGAACAUAUACAGCAGCACAUGCACAGGUGAGACGUGUGCUGUACCAAAUGAUGAUACCCUGGCUGGAAAAGCUGAAGAGAGAACCCCUGGACCUUCAAAAAAAGCUGAAUGUGUCAUAACAUCUGUAGGAAGCCCUGUUCACUUUGUCAGUGUACAGCAGACAUUUGGAACUUGGAUGCGGGAACCUGCAAAUAUAAGUGAUGAGAGGAUUUGGCUUACCAUGCAUUUUUCAGGAAACUCUAUAAAAGAAUAUGAAAAUUCCAAUGCCUUGCUGAAUGACAGCUACAGGACCAUUGACAUCACAGGAUUCUAUUAUGGAUGUGGUCAUGUGGUACAAAACAAUCAUCUGUACUAUCAGAAGGGAGGAACCAAUGUCAUUCUGAAACUUGGGCUCGAUAAAGCAACGCUGGGCACACUACUCAUUGAAAAUGCCUUAUAUCAUGGUCGGAACUACCUCUUUUCUAACUCGAAGACGUAUUUCAACAUAGCAGUGGAUGAGAAGGGUCUUUGGAUUAUAUAUGCAUCAAGCACUGAUGAAAAUAUAAUAGUAGCACAUAUCGAUGAAGAAAGAUUUUCAGUCAUUCGGCAUAUUAAUACUACAUAUCCUAAGUCCAAGGCUGGUAAUGCAUUUAUAGCAUGUGGCAUUAUGUAUGUUACUGAUACUAAGGAUAUGACAGUAAGUUUUGCUUUUGAUUUAUUGAAAGAGAAGCAGAUUGAUGCAAGGUUUGAGUUACGGUCUUCACAGUCUGUUCUUGCUAUGCUUUCAUACAGUCUAAGAGAUAAGAAUUUGUAUACGUGGGAGAAUGGGAGCUUAAUGGUCUACCCUGUACAUUUUGGCAGAUGAAUGUAUUUUGAAGUGUAGUGUACGGGGACCGUGUUUGACUAAACAGAUUAUUUAAAGCUACACGAUAUACACAUCGCAGUCUCUUCACUUGGUAUAAUCUUCUGUUCACCGAUGGUGGUUUGCGAGUGUACAUAAGAGGGAGAUCGGGUACCUUUGUGUAAACACACUUCAAUUAUACAGGCCAUUCUCAUGGUUCUUUAAAAAAAGCUGUUCAGCGUUGCAGCUGGCACACAGCACAGACUUGCUUUUGUUUUCCCCUGCUGAUAAUUAUAUCUAAUGUACAUUGAUUAUUCCAUGGCCGUGUGCUCAGCAGAGACUAUUUAUAAGCUUCAGUUGCAAUCAUCUUAUCUGUAAUCGUUUUCUAGUCAGUGAUUAUGGUCUAGUAUAAAUGUCUCAAUAAUGAACUUUUGUGUACAAAUACCUUUGUCGUUUUCACUUAAUAAUUUCCACUGAUUUUCUGUGAACAUUUUUUUAAGAAAAGAUAUAAUGCUAUUAAAAAUGACAGAAAAAAAAGCAGAAAGCUUCAAAUUUGACAAAUCCAGUCAACUAUUAUAUAAUCAAAAGCAAAAUAAAGCCCAAGUACAAGGAAAAUGAGAAUAAUGGCAUUAUUAAAUAUUGACUCUACAUGAACAUGUUUAGUAAAUGAGUGGGGGAAGAAAAGUAUUGAGGUAGAAAAUUGAAGAGAAGAUGUAAAGUUUACAAUUAAAAUUCCCUUUUUAACAGUGUUCAUGUUGCUUGUGUUUCUGCAGUCUCUUCCUUGCCCCUCGUGUAAACCUUUAAAACUAUAUAGUAAGGUAUAGUUUUAAAAAAAUAAAUUUCCCCAUGUUUAUCCAUACAAAUGAAAUAAUAAAAUGAUGGGUAUAUAGUUUUGCUGCUAUUCUUAGAAAAAUAAAAUAUCUGGAGCAGGAAUGCACGUAUUCA